AUGGCACAAAAUAUUGAUCCCUUUCCGGCGGUGCCUUCGAGUCUUAAGCCAUUGCAGACAUUUAUGCGAAUCGCUUCAGACCUCGAGAAAACGGACCCAACGUUAGGCUAUUGGUUGCGAUUUUGUUGCGUUCAGAAUGGCCUCAAAAUUGACGCUAAAUCUCCAGAAGCGGAAAAGAAGUUAAGACACGAUAACGAAGCGGUCACUAAUGAGAUGGUAGGUCAGGCGCACGUCGAGAACUACGCCCUAAACAUGUUUAACAAAGCAGAUAAUGAUGAUCGCGAAGGUCGCGCCUCUAAGAACACUUCACGUCUAUUCCUAAUCGCUUCCCAUCUGUUUGAAGUGCUGUCUGUGUUCGGGGAAAUACCCGAAGAUAUUGCUCGACGAGUCAAAUACGCUAAAUGGAAGGCUAUUUACAUCAGUAGGUGUCUGAAGAAUGGAGAGACACCAGUGCCCGGACCUGUCGCUGGAACCGAUGCCGAAGAUUUCGACUUUGGUUUACCAAACGUGCCGUCGGCUUCUAAUCAUAAUACGACUGACAUUGUUGGAGACAAUCCGGAACCACAGGUGCCGAGUGUGGGCUCUACCAGUGCUCCCGCUAAUCAGCCAUCCGUUCGGACCAGUUAUACAUCGGAUCGCCACCCGAUCGCCGCCACUCUUACGGCAAUGAAUGGGAUGUCUUUGAGUUCCGAAGAGAUACUAACGGCGCAAAAGUAUUGCAAAUUUGCUGGAAGUGCUCUUCAAUACGAAGACAUACCGACGGCGAUCACUGAAUUACAGAAGGCGUUGUCUUUACUCACCACUGGAAAGGAGUGUUAAAUUUUCACAACAUUUCCAAAUAUUUACUUUCAUUUUAAAUAUGUUUUUAUGACUUAUAAGUUAUAACUAAUCGUACGAUGAAUGAAAUGUUUGGUUUAUAUCACUUAUAAUUUGUAUAAAAAUUAACGAAAGAGUCCUUAAGUCUGAUCCGAUCAGCGAAUGAGUGGUUCGCUUUCGGAACUUCCCAAAUGAUAAGACGAUAACCUUUUCUCUAGUGAUUAUAAUAAGAGUUUUUUUAAACAGAGUGUCAAUUGCUGUCAAUUGUUUUGUCUUACGUUUCAUUAAAGUUUUACUUUUAUCCACACAAAAGAGUCUUCCGGUUAAGUAUAGAAUAAGCGGCAAAACAGCGACUGAUAUGACGACCAAACCUAAGUAGAG